AUGUUCACGUCCCGCCACCCCGAAGACCGGUUCCGGCUGCGCAUGCACCGCGCACGCUCCGUCGACCUCACUAACGAGGAGCUCGUCGAGAUCCGUGCCGCCCAGCGCACCUUUGAAGGGGCGUACAUCCGCACGUCGCUGUCGCAGUUCUCCUUCGCCCUCGUCGUCCUCAAGAUCUUCACCUCCGAGUUCUACUCCAUCGGCGCGCUGUUUGCCGCCUACGCCGUCGGCCUGCUGCUGGUUAGUGCCUAUCGCAGACAGCAGGGCAACAGACAGUUCUUCAACGAGGUCGGGGAUGAUGGAUUGGGCAGGAAGAGAUUUCGCACCAGUGGCAACGUGGUCAUUGCCCUGACCGCCCUGAGCAUUGCCGCGUACGUGAGUCUGCUGGUUUUGACGCUGAAGCUGGAGACUUGA